AUGCUUGCUGCGUCGCAUUGCUGCGACGCGCGACCCCAGUUGAAACGGAAGCGUUCGGAGUCCGACGAAUCGACCGCUCGUAUCGAUGCGCCCUUGACAGCGAAGCCGCGUCCGGACAAUGCAGAAAAUAGCGAUACAGCGAACGAUGCGCAGCUGCCAUCUCAGGUUCCCCUCACACCUACGGCGACAGACCCUGCUGUACCUACACCGACUGAUCAGGCGGCAACCCCUCACAAGAUGGACGUUGAUAAGUUACGCGAAACUAUCGAAGCGCAACUGAGCCUGGAGAUCCUUCUGAAGCAUAACGAACUGCGCUUGAUCGACCAAGAGAUCGCCAAGUGCCAGGUCGCGCUGGAACAACUUCGUCGCUGUGCUGAGAUUCCUUACCCCGGUUCCAGCGUCGCUGGGCUGUCCCAUUCCGUGAGCAGCGGUUCCGGUGCUGCAGUGUCCACUCCUGGAAACGGUCCCCUACCACGCUCGCCCGCUCCCUGGGGAGUCACGGAUGGCCCGUAUACUACCCACUAUGCCAAAUGGCUCCUUCCGGAUCCGCGUUUCGACGGAGGUGAGGCCGAGGCCAGUCCAUUCCAACCUCAGGUAGAAGGCCGCGCAACCCGUGGGAACCCAUGGGGUGACGGUGGCUAUAUGACGGGCAAAUUCCGAUCUCAGAGAGGCUCUGCCAGUGCCAAGCUGCAGGCUCUGCCCAGUGGCUAUCCCCCGCCCAAGGAGAAGGCGGGUCCGAUGAUCAUCCGGAGGAAAUCAGACGGUGUCCUUGUCAAGCUGGUGUGUCUCGACUGCCGCAGGGACAACUUUUCGAGCACACAGGGCUUCAUCAAUCAUUGUCGGAUUGCGCACAACCGCAAUUUUGCUAGCCACGAUGCGGCCGCAAUGGCAUCUGGAGAACCCGUCGACGCGAAUGAUCCUGGUGCGGCCACUGUAGGGAAGAGUGAAACUCCAAGCAAGACUACAACUCCAGGCUAUGUUCAUCCACUGGUCCGGUCUGCUCAUGCAAUAGAGUCCACAUCUAGAACGCACGAGACUGCGAGUACGACGCCGCGAAAACGUUCAAAAACUAGUCGGCCGUCUGUUGUUGAAACACCGACUCCCGUAGCGGGCCGCUCACGAGAAGCAAAACACCGAGUGUCCUCCCAUGGUCCUGUGACUCCCAAUCCAUCAUUCUCAGCGUCUUCCGAUACGCCCCAUCUGUCGUCCCUGAUGCAGCGGAAAGGUGUUGGUGUCGACCUCGGUGGCCUGGUUGAUGAGGCCAAAACAACGGUCGAUAUUGACGUGCCGUCUUAUGGAGAGGACGAAGAUCAAUCGGACCCCGAGCCGUCGCAGCCACCGAACAAUGACCUUUCAUCUCACGGCAGGCAACCUAUGCGGACAACAGCUCCCCAAGAUUCGUUGCAUCGGCAUUGCAGCCAGAAGGGGGUCGACAGAGCGCAUCCGAAACCGCAUCCUCUGAAAGCGUCGCCAUCCGCCCAGUCAGCACCUUACACGUCUCCGUAUGGGCCAGCCGUUCCAUCGUCCAAACCACCUCAGGCUGAUGAGCUCCGGGAUGUAGAUGCUGCGGAUAAUUCGGCGAAUCUUAGCCCUAACACCGUUGAGUCGAACCAGGCCCCCAGCUUGGUGAGCGAUGACGACGACGACGGUGAGGCUGCAUCAGAUUCUGAGAGUCCCAGUCCCGACUCCUCUGAAGCUGAAGAUGAGGAUCAAGAUUUCAGCCAUAUCGAAGUGGAGGGUGACGAGGUAACAACCACGGACCCCAAGAGGGAGCCUGAUCUGACUGGUGCAACUACUCAUCACGCGGCAUCAUUGUCGAAGCCAUUGAAGGGAAAAAGCUCGACCAAGAAGGAACGGCUGGUAUCGCCGUCGAUCGUGCGGCUGAGCCGUGGGAAGGAUGCGAAGCGUGUGAGUUUUGCCAAUUCCAAGAACAGCCCAGCCAAAGGCAAAAAGGAAAGCAAUCGGCGGCAAAACCAGGGAUAG